AUGCCCUUUAUCUAAUUUUUUAAAUACUUAGCCAGAAAACCUGAUAUGCCCGAAAAUGAAGUAAAACAAUCAAAUAUAAAUAGACUUAAAUUAUGGAUACCAAACACAAUAAUUUUAAACGACAAUAAUUUACCACCAAUGUGGUUUUAUUCAUCCCCUGAUGGAUAUGUAUAUCGUACAGAUUAAUUAAAUCCAAAAAAUGUAGUGGCAAAAUUAUCAAAUUAUUCAUCUCCAGAUGAAUUAGUAGCACUUAUAAAGAAAUUAUAAUAUAAAGAUUAAUCUAAUAUAUGUGGCAAUACAAUAAAAUUAGUUAGUUCAAAAGAACUUUUAAAUGCUACUGCUAGCUAGUUUUAACUUUCUGAAACCACUGUAAUUUAAAAAUUUAUAAAAUCUAAUGGACCUAAAGCAUUUAUUUGUAGAACAGUUUGGAGAAAAGGAAGAAAUCCUUAUUCUUGGAUAAUAACUAAUAAAUGCGAUUUUUACUCGGAAGAGAAAAUUCCUGAGUACUAAAAAUAUAUCACAAAUGUAAAUGUAAUGAACUCUUGUACUAUUGUUCAUACUUGUAAAGGAAAAUAUGUAGAUGAAACUAUUCCUUAUAUUCAUAAUAUAUUGAGAUAUUUGUAUUUAACUUUACAUAUAAAUUUUUAGGAAUUUGUUUGUGAUUUUAUUAAGGAUGAAUCCGGAAUUUGGUGGAUGGUUAAUGUUAAAGCUUUCAUUUUUGAUCAUCCUAUUCCUGAUGAAAUAAAUACAAAAGUAAUUUUAAAUUACGGAGAUGAAAUUGCAAUUGAAUAACAAGAAAAUAUUCAUAAAUAAAAUAAAAGUAAAUAUUAGAAAGUUAAAUAAUGUAAAUACUGUGAAACAAUUCUUCCAGAAAUCGAAUUAACUUAAAAGAUGACCUUAAAAAUGAUUAUAUAAACAGAUAAGCAUUUAAUGCAUAGAAAUAAAAACUUCUAAUGGCUAUAACGUUCAGAUAUAAAACACAUAGAUACUCCUUUAUUGUAUUAAGAACAUAAAGUUUGUCAUCCAUGCUAUAAACUGUACACUGAAACUGAGAAACUUAUCCAAUAUGAAUACAACUUUGCUAAAAUACUGGGAAUUCCAUGCAAUGAAGAAACUAAGUACAAUCUAGUGAGCUUAGAUUAAGCAGAAUAGGCUUAUGGGGGAAAUUUAACUGCUUAUUUGUACUGUGAAUAAAACAAAAUUGGAACAUUAAAACUUUCCUUAAAAGACUUUCUAAGUGAUAAAGUUUUAAAAAGAGAAUACUAUAAAGUUUUUGAUGGACCAGCUUUACCUACAUUAAAAUGGGGAUUAAAUUUAACUAUUGGAAUGUUUAAUUCAGGCCUUGUUGAUGUUAAAAAUAUUAAAUUAUAAGAAAAAGACGGCAUAUAUUUACCAUGUCCUGAUUACUAUGCAUCUGAGCCCCUACCAUUAGAAUGGAUAUAAUUAAUAAAUGAAAAAAAAGAUUAUAUAGCCCCCUUAAGAUUAUAAACUAUAUAAAAAAAUUCUGAUAAGUCAAAUCAAGGUACUCCCAGAAAGAACUCACAUUCAAUUUCUAAAUUGUAAAAACCAAGUUAAUUCCUAUAAUAAUAAUAACAAACAAGCUCUUUAAAAUAUUAAUCUGGCCAAUAAUGUUUUCCUUAAAAUUUUGCUACUACAACACAAAGUCAAUUUUAUACUUUAGGAUAUAGUACAGAAAAUUUUAAUAAUACAAAUAAUUAAAAUGCAUAAUAAAAGCAAUCUUAAAUUAUUUCUGAGUUGUCAGCAUUUAAAAAAGGAGUUUAAUUUGCAGAUUGGAAUGACGCUUAGUACAAUAUUGAAGAUAAUGUUUAAUAAAAUACAAAUUAACAUUUGUAUUCAGGAGAUUAUAAAAGUGAAAACACUUGCGAAGACACUAAAGUUUUAGAAGAAUUAGUAAAAAAAGAAAUAAAAAGUUAUACUGAAGAAAACAAAAGAAG